AUGGGAAGGACAGACCCCCACUUCCCCACCACCCUACGAGACCGAACCUAUUCACACACCGCCCUCCUCAGAGGCCAACCCAAUCCGCCAAAGAAAUGGAACUCCAAAGCGAAGAAAGGUGUAGCACACACACCAAUCGAACACCUCUGCUCCCUGCUCCUCCCCCUGAUCGAGGAAGGCGUAGAUCAGAACAAGAUGGCUCAUAGAGCCAAGCAACAACUGCUGGAUAACUGGCGCACUCAUUUCCCAACCCCGACCUACUACACACACAGACUAGAUACGUCUCCCCUACCCUUUACACACCUUCACAAAUUCAUUGCCACAAGAAUCCACCAAAUACGAUCAGGGAAGAGCUACCUACGAGCACAGCAAUCCUGGAUCAACCUACACACCUCGCCCAAAUGUCGGAAAUGUGGUCUCGAGGAUGAGACCCCCGACCAUGCUAUACUACAAUGCACCGCUACCGCACUCACCCGCUCCCAAACUCUAAACGGAGUCACAUCCCUUGAGGAAAUCUGGGAUAACUACACCCUCACCCUCCUACUAGGAGCCUACAUCACCAAAACUAGAACAGGCUACCUAGUCAGCCGGGGACCCUCACCACUCGAAUCAGGCUCAGGAACCUCAUCCCCCCUCAGCUCAGUCUCCUACUCCUCCACGUCAUCAACACCAAUCAUGGGCCCAAUACCCAUAGUUUACGCGUCCUAA